GAAGUGGAAUUUAGAAAUGUUGCUCAGUAGAUUUAAAAAGAAAUUGUGUACUUAAAUCAGCUGAGUGAUAAUGUGAUGAAUUUCCUGUUGUUGCCAAUUCUGAUGUGAACAGAGAAAACAAGAACAGGGCUAUGUGUGGAUUACAGUUUUCUCUGCCUUGUCUACGACCAUUUCUCCUUGUUACCUGUUAUCUUUUACUUCCUAAGGAGAUAUUUGGAUGUUCGUCCAUGUGCCGGCUCUGCACUGGGAGACAAAUUCACUGCCGUAAUUUAGGCCUUUUCAGCAUUCCCAAGAAUUUUCCUGAAAGUACUGUUUUUCUAUAUUUGAGUGGAAAUAAUAUAUCACAUAUAAGUGAAAGUGAAUUUACUGGACUUGAUUCUCUGGUAGCAUUAUAUUUGGAUAAUUCCAGCAUCCUAUAUGUAUAUCCAAAGGCCUUUGUUGAACUGAAGCAUCUGUAUUUUCUAUAUCUAAAUGAUAACCUUAUAAAACGUUUGGAUCCUGGAAUGUUUAAAGGCCUUCCAAAUCUUCGUAGUUUAUAUUUACAGUCUAAUCAAGUAUCUUUUGUGCCAAGAGGCGUGUUUAAUGAUCUGGCUUCUGUUCAGUAUUUAAACCUGCAAAGGAAUCGCAUCACUAUCCUUGGGAGUGGCACGUUUGAUGGUAUGCUUGCUCUUAGAAUACUUGAUUUAUCAAACAAUAGAAUUUUGAGCAUAUCAGAUUCAGGCUUUCAACAUCUUAGAAACCUAGAUUGUUUGUAUCUAGAAGGCAAUAACUUAACAAAAGUUCCCUCCAAUGCUUUUGGAGGACUUAGGAGUCUUAAAAGACUUUCUUUGUCUCAUAACCAUAUUGAAACAAUACAGCCCUUUGCGUUUAAAGGACUUAGCAGCUUGGAGUAUCUCCUCCUGAAAAAUGCAAGAAUUAAAAAUGUUAGUAGGCAUGGAUUUAGUGGAAUGGAUAAUCUUAAACAUUUAACCUUAAGUCAUAAUGAUUUAAAAAUAUUAAAUUCAGACACAUUUAGUUUGUUAAAGAAUUUACUAUACCUUCAGCUAGAUAGAAAUCAAAUUAUCAACAUUGAUAAUGAUACAUUUGAAAAUAUGGGAGCGUCUUUGAAGAUCCUUAACUUGUCAUUUAAUAAUCUUACAGACUUAAACCCAAAGGUCCUUAAGCCAUUGUCUUCAUUGACUCAUCUUCAGGCAUAUUCUAAUCCUUGGGAAUGUAACUGCAAACUAUUGGACCUUCGUGACUGGCUAGUGUCUUCAGCUCUCACUGUAAACAUCUAUUGUCAGACCCCACCAUCUCUGCGUGGCAGAGCGUUACAUUAUGUUAAAUGGAUUGACUUUCCAAGUUGCUCUACACCUUCGGCAAAUGUAUCCAGGACUUGGGCUUUAAAAUCUCUUCAUAUUCACCUCAAGACCACUGCACUAAUGAUGGCCUGGCAUAAAGUGACCAUGAAUGGGAAACAUUUGGAAAAUACUGAGACUGUUACUUUUUGGGAGCAAAUUCGAACAUCACCUGCCAGUAAAAUGUUUCAAGAGAAUACCUUUGGUAAUGCAUUAGAAACGACUACUGUGCUGCCUGUGCAAAUACAGCUUACUUCUUCCAUUAACUCGAACUUGGAGAAAAUCAGUGCUCUACCGAGUGAUGCCGCAUCAGUGGCAGGAAGAACAUCCGUAAUUUGUACGGAGGAAGUGGAAAAGCUGAACGAGGCUUUUGACAUUUUGCUAGCCUUUUUCAUCUUAUCUUGUGUUUUGAUUGUUUUUCUGAUCUACAAGAUUGUUCAAUUUAAGCAAACAGUAAAAGCAUCAGAGAACUCAGGAGAAAGUAGACUGGAAUACUACAGCUUUUAUCAGUCAGCGAGGUAUAACCUAACGGCCUCAAUUUGUAACACUUCCCCACAAUCUCUAGGGAACUCUGGGUUAGAGCAAACUCAACUUCAUAAGCAAAUUGUUCCAGAAAACGAGGCACAAGUCAUUAUCUUUGAACAUUCUGCUUUAUAAUUCAACUCACCUAAAUAUAAGAAAUCCCCCAUGCCACAUACAUAAAUAACAUGUCCGCCUUCUUAUAGAAUUGUCCACUUAUUUGUAAGUAUAGUGAAUUCUGAUCCUAUCACUAUUAAAAUAUGUGUUUAUCGUAA